CCAACCACUGACGACGCCACCCCGCUUCACUGCCUUCCCUCAUCUCCUCGGAGAUGGCGGACAACUGCUCGGUGCUCGACCCGUGGAUGUACCGCUUCGAGUCGGCGUGGAUCAACGAGGCCUUCGCCCGCGACAACGACGCGCUCACCCGAGCCCUCCGGACUUCCAUCUCGGACACCUCUUCCUCUGGCGCAGGCGCGCCCUCCGCUUCCCCCGACACCCCUUCCGCCGCCACCUCCCCCAACCCCCUCCUCCUCAGCCGCCGGCACCAGCUCGCUCCCCGGAACCCUCUGGGCGCCGCUCCCGCGGGGCGGGUCUCGAAGCGGAAGUCGCGCUCGUCAAAGCGGUCGCCCACCACCUACAUCAACGCCGACCCCGCCCACUUCCGGGAGAUGGUGCAGCGCAUCACGGGGGUCCGGCUCGACGGGGAGCUGGCGGAACCGCUGGUGAAGCCAGAGCCGGUGCGGCCCGCGGUGGGCGCGCGCGCGGCCCUGCAGCAUCUGUGCCUGCCGACGCUCGACACGUCGGCGUUCCUGCUGGACCAGCGCACCGCUGAUGUGGGUGACGGCGGCUCGCUGGGGCCGCCGCCCGACGCGCCGGCUUUUGACUUGGCCGCGCUGCUGUCGCCGGUCUUUCCCACCCUCGAGUCGUGGGGCGUCAUGUAGCAGACGAUUAGCAGACGUCACAUGCUCUUCGGCUUUCUUCUUCCUCCCUUACUCUUUUCCUGCCUUUUCUAUGUCACACUUGGCUACUCUUCUCUUCUGUUUUCUGGUCGAACACCUGCUGGUGUUUGUUAUGUUGAUGGGAAUACACAUGAUGAAUGGUAGCCAAAGCUUCUUUUCCAAAGAAA